UGCGCAGAGGGAACUUGAGGAGGGAGACUGUAGGAGGCGAGCACAUGCCUCAGAUGAUUCCGAGGGAAGCCAACAGUAGUCAACUCUGCCACUUCGUUUUACAGCUUUUCUGGAUUGUGUCCUAGCAAUGGAAAUUUUUAUUCAACAUGUUUCGAUAUCGAUUCUUACCAUUCUGUCAUCGAUGGUGUGACAGAAAUUUACAGCACUGAUGCACAGAUCAUUUUUUUUCGUUCAGUGUAUUUCACUUGUUUGCUUCAUGUCUUGCUAGAAGUUAAAAUUUCAAAUCUGAAAUUUUAGUUUUUGGAAGUUAAUUGGAAUUACUGACAUUUGAUUGUUACGUGCUUAUAUUAGAAUUUGGUUUGUGAUGAUGUGAUGUAAUUUAUCUCGAUUUCUUUUUCUCAAGUAUAUCUUGAUGGUUGAAACAAUGCCGAAUCGUAUGUAUAGCAACAAAUGAAGAAUUUACUGCUGAAUAAAUAUGAUUUAAAAAAAAUAAUUUUAGAAUUUCAUUAAAAAACUAAUUUUGGAAGAAAACUGUUAAUUGUUGUUGUUGUUCGUAUUAUUAAAAUUGUAAAACAUUAAAAAGCAGCAUCCGGUAAUGAUUUAUUAAUUCAUUGUUUUUUUGAAUCUGAAAAAUAAAUUCGUUAAAAAUCGAUAUGAAGUUCCUCAUAAUAAACUUCGAAUCAAUCUGAUAUUCAAAUGCUUUUAAAUAUAAUUGGAAGCUGAAUUUGCAUUCGUCAUAAGAAUAUUGCCAUUCAGUUAUUUCGUUAAUAUUUCCAAAUAAAUAAUUUGGAGAGUUGUGUGUGCUAAGAAAAAAAACAGUAAAAAAAUAUUUUAUACAUUUUAAUGAGCAGUAAAAUAUUUGUAAUCAUGGAUAACUUCAGUAAUUCAAGAUUCCUUCUGAAGCCGGUGUUAUUAUUUGUGUUUUUUGGAAUAUUGUUUUCCAAAGGAUUAUUAGGUGCUGUGACUGAGACUCAACGACCAAGUAGUAGAGUUGUUUCAACCAAAUAUGGAUCAUUAAGAGGAGUUAUUGUAACUUUGUCCAAUAGGCAUUUGCAACCAGUUGAAAAAUUCCUUGGUGUCCCAUAUGCUGGAGUACCCACUGGUUCAUUGAGAUUUAUGCCACCGGUAACGCCACCUCAUUGGAAAGGUGUAAGAUCGGCAGAUCAUUUGGGUCCAGUUUGUCCCCAAAAGUUACCAAAUAUUUCCAACGAGACAGAAGCCCUAAAAAGAAUGCCUGCUGGAAGACUCGAUUACUUGAAGAGACUCUUACCUUUCCUCACCAACCAAAGUGAAGAUUGUUUGUACUUGAAUAUAUAUGCACCAGCAAGUGUUGGAAAAGAAGACCACCCCAAGCUCCCUGUGAUGGUGUUCAUCCACGGGGAAUCUUACGACUGGAAUUCUGGGAACGCGUACGACGGUAGCGUCCUAGCAAGUUUCGGAAAUGUAAUCGUUGUCACUAUUAACUUCAGGCUGGGAUUGCUAGGUUUCCUUCCUGCCUUGGACGAAUCUUCUCGAGGCAAUUACGGCAUCAUGGAUCAGGUGGCAGCGCUGCACUGGGUUCAAGAGAACAUUCCGGAAUUUGGUGGCAAUCCAAAGAACGUCACGGUCUUUGGCCACGGGCAUGGGGCUGCCCUUGUCAAUAUCCUUAUGCUGUCUCCUUUGGCCAGAGGUUUAUUCCAGCGAGCUAUCUUACAAAGUGGAUCUGCUCUUAGUCCUUGGGCAAUCGCGCGAGAUGCUCUUACUUAUACUCGUCAAGUGGCGGCCCAUUUGAAAUGCCCCACUAAAGACAGUACAGCACUUAUCGCCUGCCUUGGUAAAAGACCGGUUGAAGACAUCCUGAAUGCUCCACUUAGAGUCCCAGAUCACUUGAUAGCAUUUGGACCAACCAUCGAUGGUGUAGUAAUACCAGGUGAACCAGCUGUUCUAAUGGAGAAACAACAUGACUUAUUUGCACAAUAUGAUCUUCUUCUUGGAGUCAGUCGAAUCGAGUAUUAUUUCAAAUUCUCAAGUCAAGAAGAUAGAAUGGGCAUUGAAGUAGCUAGAAGAGACAGACUUUUAAGGACAUUGGUCAGAAACCUUUUCACUUACCAUCUUCAAGAGAUUUUCCUGACAGUUGUAAAUGAAUACACAGAUUGGAGCAAACCUGAUCAACACCCUAUCAAUGUUUUAGAUUCAACAGCAGACGCAAUGGGUGACGCCUUGGUGGUAGCACCUUUGGUGAGAACUGGAAAUUAUCAUUCCAAACUGCAACAAAACAAUCAGAAGGGGACAUACCUGUAUGUAUUCAUGUACCAAACCGAAGAAAGUUAUUAUUCUCAAAGGAUGGGGUGCAUACAUGGUGAAGAUAUUCCUUAUGUUUUUGGAGCACCACUGGUUAACAAUCUCUCCCAUUUUCACAGAAAUUUUUCAAGGUCUGAGAGCAGCCUUUCUGAAGCUGUCAUGACUUAUUGGACAAAUUUUGUUAAAUUUGGGGAUCCGAAUAAAGUACCUGAAGAGAAUGAGGGAAAAUCUUCAAAUGAACGUGGACGUGGAAGAUACGAGAAAAUAAACUGGCCUGUGUACGAUAGUAUUCAUCAGAAAUAUAUUGCAUUGGCUAUGAAACCCAGGCUAAGAGAUCAUUAUCACGCUCACCGACUGUCUUUCUGGUUGAAUCUGAUUCCCACUCUCCACCGAUCUGCUGCUGCAGAAACAACUGCUCGGCAUCACCAAUUAGAAGACCACGACAACCCUUUGACAUACGAUGGGAUCUUUAGACAAAGACCUCUAAAAGAACUACACCCAUCCAUGAUGUAUACAACUACCCAGUAUCUUACAACAGAGCAGCUGGCCUUACAUACCGGCACCAUGGAUAUAUCAAGUUCUACUGAAGACAUGGGACUGACAUCAACAGUUGUGACUAAUGACACAGAUACUUUGGCUAUGACCAUGCAACAAGCUACUUAUUCUACGGUACUUACUAUCACCAUAGUCUUUGGUUGCUGCAUUCUUACCAUAAAUUCGCUCAUAUGCUGCGCUAUUUAUUACAAGAAAGACAAGAAUAAGGCCGAAUGUUUACAGAAGAGAGAAUAUCAGUUACAUCCUGAUGGCAUCAGUUGCAACUCUACUCCUCAGUCCAAGCAAGCGCAUCUGAUAAGUUCGGUGCCGUCGCCGAUGGACCACCUUCCGCCGCCGUCUUUCAUGACACUCGCCACUCUGUCCGAAGCUGGCAGCUUGCCUUCUAAGAUCAUGCCCCCAUCGGUCAUUACACAUGAACCACAGCAGCACCCUGAGGCCCAGCCUCUGCUCUCUACAGCAGCACGUUCCACUCCACCACAUGCUAACCACCUGCAUCACCAUCAUCCACACUGGCCACCAACUACUGGUCCGAACCACACAUUACCCAACCAUCCGAAGCAGCAGGAGAUGCGAGUGUGAGCACUUCAGAGAAAAGAGAGAAGAAACGACAGUGUAGCACCUAUCUUUCUGUAGAUCCGUAUAUAAAGAAUUUCUUCAUUUUAAAUAUAAAAAUAUGAAAUAAGCUGAAACGUGAGGUGUUCUUUUCCUUGAUGACCCAAAGGUGCUACAGGACUACUAAGAAAAAGAACAUACUUACAUGACAUGAUUUGAAUUGAAACACCGACGAAAGUGAAAAGAUUGAAUUUAGACGAUGAUAGAAUUUCAUGGCGAAUUACUAAAAUGUACUUUACGCAACUUUCAAGUUUUUCAUUUCAAUUUUUAGAAAAAAGCACAGCAUGUUCUUCGAAGCAAAAUCUCAGCACUAUUUGUGCAUGAUUGAACAAAGAUUUUGCUAUGAAUUUUCAAUGCAAACUUUUGAAUUCAACUAAAGAUAAUUCAGCACUGAGAAGAUUUGCGAAAUGAAACUUCUAUUGGACACUGCGUUAAUCCUUCCUUGUGGAAUAAAGGUGCAGUUUUAUAUUUCGUGUGGAUUUUGACAUUUCUGUUUCAUUAUGAGAUGCACAAGGACACUCAUCAGGAAGAAGAAUUUCAUUUCAUGUAUUGCGUAAAAAUAAUGAGUAGAUGUUAUCUGUAUGAAGUGUUUAAAAUGCAUUUUCGUAUGCUUUUCAUAAAAGUCUACAGUAGUAAUUACACCUGAACAAUUUUCUGACUUUUCUUAUUAUUUUCACUUUUGAUAGAUCUGUUUAGGCAGUUAACCGCUCUAAAAAUUCCAAAACCCCUCAUGAAAGAAGGUCACAUAUCUGUUAUUUAAUUUAAAUGCUACAAGUAAUCCAAUCAAAACGUUUUAAAUUUUUACUGUUUUAUGUAUUUAUUAAUCAUCAGUAAUAUUUCUCAAAAUAAUUAACGUUUUGUAUUUUACUGUGUAGUAAAUUUUA